GGGCAGAAGCGGAACGCGUUACGUGCGAGAGGUGAUUGUUUUUUGGUCGCGGUCGCCCUGCGAGGAGGAAACCGGCGCCAAUCUUCGAGGAGGAGGGAAAUACGACCGGCUGUGCUUAUCCCUACCUCGGGCUGAACGUGAGUUCAGGUGACGCCGCCGGCCUGCGGCUGGUUCGCGGCACGGCCGGCUGCAAUCAGUGCCGGAGCCGCUCGCUUUAGCUCUCGAGGACCCUUCAGCCCCUCGUAUUGACGGGAGAGAUUUGUAUCCAAAGGAAAAUCGGAUUAAUAUAAACUAUGCAGAGCUUGGCGGGGAUAUCUGGAGACUAACCUGUCUGCGUGGCUAAUCUUGAAAUUGUCUGAAAUAAAUCCGCGGCGCGAGGAAGAGCGAGAUACUUUCAAUUAGUAUUUGUUGUUUUGUUUUUUUUUUUUUUUUCCGGUGGUGCUUUUCUUCCCACCCCUUUACACGAGUUUAACCCUUCCGCUUCGAGGUUUUUAUUGGAGAAUGGGACACGUGCCGGAAGAUUCCCUACGUUUGAUGAAUAUCACAGGGGUAACAGUUGCCGUCAUCCUUGCGGUAUGAGAGGUGCUGUGGGGAUGUGUGCUGCUGGCUGAGAUGGAUCCAUCCUUCUGUGUUGCUGUUAGCAAUGUGCCGAAGGAUCCGGAUUUACUGAAGUACUGAGGCCAAUAAACUUACUCCUUCCCUGUUGAAGGCAUUGGAUGUGACAGCACGGAGAAACAUGUGUUUCACAUUUCUGACUGGUUGUUUUGGUGCAAUCAAUACUUCCACAAGAAACAUUGACUUCGAUGGUAAUUAUAACACAGUGAGGCACACAGAGCGCUGCUUUCGGGCUGCAUGCAAAGUGAGCACAAAUCAAAGAGUCCUCGGUUCCUGUGAAGUGGGGCUUUCUGUUCCCCCAAAACUCCAGGGCAAAGGCAGCUGGCGACGUUCCCAGCCCACCAAAGAGAGCCUGGCCUCGGGGUGCGGAGUGAGCGAUGACCAAAGCGCUGUCAGGAGUGGCAGGCAGUCGGAUCGGAUGGGGAUCAGUGAGGCAAUGAUGGUUGGAAGGAAGGUGGAUCGUGAAAUUAUUGCCCGGAGGAAUAGCAGGCGAGAUGGAAUGAUGAUGAAGUUAAACUUCUGUUUCUUCUUCUGUCGACGAUGGUGGGCGUUUCUGUUGCUACAGCUCCACAUGUUGCAAGCGCUGGCACAAGAUGAUGUUGCUCCAUACUUCAAGACAGAGCCGGGCUUGCCCCAGAUACACUUGGAAGGAAAUCGACUUGUACUUACAUGCCUUGCUGAAGGCAGCUGGCCCUUGGAAUUUAAGUGGUUACACAAUGACAGUGAAAUAACCACCUACUCCAGUGAAUACAAGUACAUCAUUCCAGCUUUGCAGAGGUCUGAUGCUGGCUUUUAUCAGUGCAUUGUGCGAAACCGGAUGGGGGCAUUGCUGCAAAGAAGAUCUGAAGUUCAAGUGGCAUACAUGGGAAAUUUCAUGGACGCAAACCAGAAGAAAACAGUGACUGAAGGAGAAGCUGCAGUUCUAAACUUCAUGCACAUCUUCAGCUAUCCAAGACCACAAGUGACAUGGUUUAGAGAUGGGCACAAGAUUAUUCCUAGCAGCAGAAUAGCCAUAACACUGGAGAAUCAGCUGGUGAUCCUUGCAACGUCAGUGGCAGAUGCAGGAGGCUACUAUGCCCAGGCUGUCAAUGAAAAGAACGGCGAGAACAAGACAAGCCCACUUAUUCAUCUCAGCAUAGCGAGUGCCACGGACCCAUCUGACCCCACGGCUCCCAUCAUCGUCAUCCCUCCGCAGAACACGAGCGUUGUAGUGGGGACCAGUGAAGUCACAUUGGAAUGUGUAGCCAGUGCAAGACCUGUUGAGAGACUAAGCAUAAUGUGGAAGAGAAAUGGGAUAAAAAUCACCAGUGGAAUUAGCAGUUUUGGGAGACGCCUCACGAUCACCAACCCGACCUCUGCUGACGUUGGGAUGUACUUCUGCGAAGCAAAACUGAGGGACAGCACAGAGGAACCAGCGAGAGCCAAGGCCUUCAUUUCUCUAAUGGUACCACCAUAUUUUACUGCGGAGCCCGAGGGUGUGAUUUUGGCUGAAGUGGAGAAAGAUGUGGACAUCCUGUGCCAAGCAAUGGGUGUUCCCAUUCCUUCCCUGGUUUGGUAUAAGGACUCCGUUCCCCUCAGCAAGCUGCAAAACCCCCGUUACAAAGUCCUGCUGAGUGGGGGGCUGCGGAUCCAUGCGCUGCGUCCUCAGGAUGCAGGGAUCUUCCAGUGCUUCGCCAGCAAUAAAGCAGGGGAGAUACAGACCUACACCUACCUGGAUGUGACCAACAUUAAGCCAGCAUUUAUACAGCCUCCAGAGGAUACCACUGUGACUGAGGGGAUGACUGCCAUGCUGACCUGUGAAGUUUCAGGGGCUCCAAAACCUGCCAUCUCAUGGAAGAAAGGAAACCAGAUCUUAGCCAGUGGCUCAGUUCAGAUUCCUCGUUUCAUUCUUCUGGAAUCCGGAGGGCUCCAGAUAACGCCCGUUUUCCUUCAGGAUGCUGGCAAUUAUACUUGCCACGCAGUCAACUCUGAAGGAGCUCUGAAUGCUUUCGUGAUGCUAACCGUGUGGAAUCGGACUUUCAUUGUUCACCCUCCUGAGAAUAGCACUGUGAUCAAAGGAACUACAGCCACUCUGCGAUGUGAAGCAACUCAUGAUCCUAGAAUUUCAAUCAGGUACGUUUGGAAGAAGGACAGCGUUGUAAUAAAUCCAUCCAGCAGUUCCAGAAUCACAGUAGAGAAAGAUGGAACCCUCCUCAUCAGCCAGACGUGGUCGGGUGACAUUGGGGACUAUACUUGUGAGGUCAUUUCUUUUGGAGGAAACGACUCCCGAAUGGCUCGACUAGAAGUGAUCGAGCUGCCUCAUUCCCCUCAGAACCUUCUGGCCACCCUGAAUUCCUCGUACAGCCGCAGCGUGGUGCUUUCCUGGGUGCGUCCUUUUGAUGGAAACAGCCCUGUUCUCUACUACAUGGUCGAGCUCUCUGAGAACAAUUCUCCCUGGAAGGUUCACCUAUCAAAUCUGGACCCGAAGAUGACCAGUGUCACUGUGAGUGGGCUCACCCCAGCCCGAACCUACCAGUUCAGGGUGUGUGCAGUUAACCAGGUGGGAAAAGGCCAGUACAGCUCUGAGACCAGCAGGUUGAUGCUGCCCGAGGAGCCGCCCAGUGCCCCACCUAAAAACAUCGUGGCUAGUGGGCGCACCAAUCAGUCCAUCAUGGUCCAGUGGCAGCCUCCUCCUGAAAGCGAACAUAAUGGAGUUCUUCAUGGCUACAUCCUAAGGUAUCGUCUGGCCGGCCUCCCUGGAGAGUACCAGUAUAAAAACAUUACCAGUGCAGAAAUUAACUACUGCCUAGUGACGGACCUGAUCAUUUGGACCCAGUAUGAAAUCCAGGUGGCAUCUUACAAUGGAGCUGGGCUGGGAGCCUUCAGCAGACCUGUGACUGAGUACACUCUGCAGGGAGUGCCGACAGCUCCGCCGCAGAACGUGCAGGUGGAAGCCGUGAACUCCACCACCAUCCAGUUCCUCUGGAGCCCUCCGCCCCAGCAGUUCAUCAAUGGUAUUAACCAAGGAUACAAGCUCCUAGCAUGGCCAGUGGAUGCUCCAGGGUCUGUGACGGUGGUCACCAUUGCUCCAGAUUUCCACGGUGUUCACAGUGGCUGCAUCACCAACCUGAAGAAGUACACCACUUACUACACGUCGGUUCUGUGCUUCACCACCCCUGGCGACGGGCCGCGCAGCGCGCCCCAACUCCUGCGCACACUGGAAGACAAGCCGGGAGCUGUGGGACACCUGAGUUUCACUGAGAUUCUGGACACGUCUCUCAAGGUCAGCUGGCAAGAACCUGUAGAGAAAAAUGGCAUCAUUACAGGCUACCAGCUCUCUUGGGAGGUGUAUGGCAGGAACGAAUCCCGGCUCACCCGCACACUCACCAACACAACACUGGAGUACAAGAUCACAGGGCUGUCAUCUCUCACCACGUACACCAUCGAGGUGGCAGCUGUGACUGCGAAAGGGAGCGGGUGGGUCACGUCCUCCACCAUCUCUUCUGGGGUGCCUCCAGAACUUCCAGGCGCCCCAUCCAACCUGGUGAUCUCCAACAUCAGCCCUCGCUCUGCCACACUUCAGUUCCGGCCGGGGUAUGAUGGCAAGACCUCCAUCUGCAAGUGGAUAGUGGAGGGCCAGGUGGGAGUACUGGGUGAGGAAGAGGAGUGGGUGAGUCUCCAUGAGGUGGACAAUGAGCCUGAUGCUCAGAUGCUGGAGGUACCAAACCUUACUCCUUACACUCAUUACAGGUUCCGGAUGCGGCAGGUGAACGUGGUGGGUGCCAGCCCUCUGAGCCAGCCCUCACGUGUCAUCCAGACCCUGCAAGCCCCUCCAGACGUGGCCCCCGGCAGCGUGAGCGUGCGCACGGCCAGCGAGAGCAGCCUGCGGAUGCGCUGGGUGCCCCUGCCCGACACGCAGUACAAUGGCAACCCAGAGUCCGUGGGGUACCGCAUCAAGUUCUGGCGCAUGGAUCUGCAGCCUUCCGCCCUGCUGAAGGUCAUCAGCGACCGGCUGGAAAGGGAGUGCACCAUCGAGGACCUGGAGGAGUGGACGGAGUACGAGCUGCAGAUCCAGGCCUUCAACGCCAUCGGGGCAGGACCGUGGAGCGAAGUGGUGCGAGGUCGUACGCGGGAGUCUGUUCCCUCUGCUCCUCCUGAGAACGUGUCUGCUGAGGCCGUGAGCUCAACCCAGAUCCUUCUGACCUGGUCUGCAGUCCCCGAGUCAGAGCAAAAUGGUCUCAUCCUGGGUUACAAGAUACUUUACAAAGCAAAAGAUUUAGACUCUGAACCAAGGAGCCAAACAGUAAGAGGUAACCACACGCAGUCCUGCCUGCUGUCCGGCCUGCGCAAGUAUGUGCUCUAUGAGAUCCGGGUGUUGGCAUUCACUCGCAUUGGGGAUGGAGUCCCCAGCUCUCCUGCUCUUACAGAAAGAACCAAGGAUGAUGCCCCUGGGCCGCCCAUCAGGCUGGUGUUCCCCGAGGUGAGGCUGACGUCAGUGCGCAUCGUCUGGCAGCCACCAGAGGAGCCCAACGGCAUCAUCCUGGGCUAUCAGAUCGCAUAUCGGCUGGCCAGCAGCAGCCCCAACAAGUUCACAACAGUAGAGGUGGGCUCAACAGUCAGGCAGUUCACUGCUACUGACCUCACCCCCGAGUCAGCGUACAUCUUCCGGACAUCUGCCAAGACCCGGCAGGGCUGGGGAGAGCCUCUGGAAGCCACAGUGAUCACGACAGAGAAAAGAGAGCGCCCGGCCCCUCCCCAGCAGCUGACCACCCCCCAGUCCGACGUGUCGUCCCGGAGCCUGCAGUUGCAUUGGGUCCCUGGAAAUGAUGGAUCAUCACCCAUACGAUAUUUUACAGUCCAAGUGCGAGAGCUGCCCAAUGGAGACUGGCAAACCUACUCCUCUUCCAUCAGCCACGAGGCAACGUCCUGCAUUAUUGAGAGCUUGAAUCCAUUCACCUCUUACAAGCUGCGUGUGAAAGCGACCAACGACAUCGGGGACAGCGACUACAGUGCCGAGACGGAGGCGGUGACAACACUGCAGGAUGUUCCAGAUGAGCCCCCCAGUUCUGUUCUGGUCACUCCCCACACCACUUCGUCUGUCCUUGUGCAGUGGCAGCCACCCAAAGCAGAGAGUCUGAACGGGCUGCUGUUGGGGUACCGGAUCUACUACCGGGAGCUGGAUUACGACGCUGGCUCUGCAACCGAAUCCAAAGCUGUCAAGAACCCCUCAGCUUUAAGAGCUGAGCUGACACAGUUGAAGAAAUACAAGAGAUAUGAAGUGUUAAUGACAGCAUAUAAUGUCAUUGGUGAGAGCCCUACCAGCACGCCAGUGGAAGUGUUUGUGGGUGAAGCAGCACCAGCGAUGGCCCCACAGAACAUCCAAGUAAACUCCCUUUCUGCAAGCCAGCUGGAGCUCACCUGGGACCCACCUCCUGCCGACAGCCAAAAUGGGAACAUACAAGGCUACAAGAUUUAUUACUGGGAGGGCGACGUCCAGAAUGACACGGAGAAAGUGAAGGUCCUUUUCCUCCCUGAGACAACUGUCCGCCUCAAAAACCUGACCAGCCACACGCGGUACUUGGUCUGCAUCUCUGCCUUCAAUGCAGCAGGGGACGGCCCCAGGAGCAGACCCUCGGCGGGCAGGACACACCAGGCUGCACCCAGUGCUCCCAGCUUCUUGGUGUUCUCUGAAAUCACUUCCACAACACUCAAUGUGUCUUGGGGCGAGCCGACAGCAGCAAAUGGAGUCCUGCAGGGUUAUCGAGUAGUCUAUGAGCCUUUGGCUCCCGUCCAGGGGGUCAGUAAGGUGGUGACUGUGGAUAUUAAAGGGAACUGGCAACGCUGGCUAAAGGUCCGAGAUCUUACCAAGGGCAUGACCUAUUUAUUCAGAGUGCAAGCCCGAACCAUUGCCUAUGGACCUGAACUGCAAGCCAACGUCACAGCUGGGCCAGCAGAAGGGUCUCCUGGCUCCCCUCAGGAAAUUCUAGUGACAAAAUCUGCUUCUGGGCUGACGGUACAAUGGACCGAGGGAGAUUCUGGAGAAAAACCCACAACCGGGUACAUUAUAGAGGCACGGCCCUCAGAUGAAGGACUGUGGGACAUGUUUGUGAAGGACAUUCCUCGCAGCGCUACCUCCUACACCGUCAGCCUGGACAAACUCAAACAGGGCGUGACCUACGAAUUUCGGGUGGUGGCUGUCAAUGAGUUUGGCUAUGGAGAGCCAAGCGUUCCCUCCGUGGCAGUAUCAGCGCAAACAGAAGCCCCUUUCUAUGAGGAGUGGUGGUUUCUGCUGGUGAUGGCUCUCUCAAGUCUGAUCCUGAUCCUGUUGGUGGUGUUUGCUUUGGUUCUGCACGGCCAGAGCAAGAAGUACAAGAACUGCAGCACAGGUAAGACCAUCUCCAAUGUGGAAGAGUCAGUCACCUUGGAUAAUGGAGGCUUCACUGCUCUGGAGCUCAACAGCAGACACCUAAACAUCAAGAGCACAUUCUCAAAGAAAAAUGGAACCAGGUCUCCUCCUCGCCCAAGCCCGGGUGGGCUGCACUACUCUGAUGAGGAUAUCUGCAACAAGUACAACGGAGCUGUGCUGACCGAGGGCUUGGGACUCAACGAGAAGCCCUUAGAAAUGUCAGAAUCAGAGGCCACCGACUCGGAUUAUGAAGACGAGCUGCCAAAGCAUUCCUUUGUGAACCAUUACAUGAGCGAUCCCACGUACUACAACUCCUGGAAGCGGCAGCAGAAAGGGGUGAAGCACCCGACGUCCUACAGAUACGAGGAGUGCUCCGCCAGCGAGACAGAACCCUAUUUCCAGACUGUCAUCACGACACAGAGCUCAGGAGGGGUGUACACCCCAACGGGACAGCCCGCGCCCGGCUCCCGGACUCCAGUGACAGGCUUCUCCUCCUUCGUCUGACACGGGGCGGGUUGGAAGAGCCCGGCCGCCAUGCUGGCACUGCUCGGGGUCACCCACGGCAGUGUGACGGCGCGCAAGGCGAGCGGCGAACUGUGGGUAGCUUCUCUAUCAGGGUAGAGCGGAUGGGAAGACGGAUGAGGCUGAUACUGGUUUUGUUCUUUGUUUGGUUUUUCAGUUUUGAUUUGUUUUUUUUUUUUGUUUUGUUUUGUUUUGUUUUUCCUGAAGACAAUCAAUUCUCAGAACACGGAGCUGAACUAGCCGAACCUUUGCUUAAAGAAAAUAAAGGGGGGGGUGGGGGGGGAUGGAAUUCUGCAAAGCGAUGAUUUUAACCACUUGUGAAUAGUUGGGGUUUUUUAACCACUUUUUUGUAACACUGCUUCAGGAAGCAGCUCCCGCGCCCCCUCUUCCCUCUUUCUUUCUCUCCCCUCUUCCUACCCUCCCUUCCCCCCCCCCAUUUCCAAACAAGGAGGUGAAUUCCCUAGAUGCAACGAGAGACUUUGUGAUGUGAUUCGAAGAGAAAACAUAAAACCUCCCAGGCUCCUUCUUUUUUCUUUUUCUUUCUAAUUUCCCUCUGCCAUCAGGGUCAAGAAGUUAAAAACUUUCCCAUGAAAAGCAGACACCUCCUCUCUCCUCUCCUCCUCACUGCUCCCCACGUUAGGAGCACUGGCUGAUUCACUUAGGCUCCGAUGUGUCACUGUGUCUGCUCUCGUCUCACUACUGGAGUUCAUAUGCUGAAUUGCUGACCUGCUUUCCCUUCUUUUUCAAAUGGGGCCUGCUGGAAUCUUUAAAUAUUCCAACUCCGGGGCCUUUAGAAGAGCGGAUGGCUCAAAAGAGCUCAGUAGGCAGCAGUGGGUGGGACAAAUGGGAAGAAUUCGGAUGCAAGGUCAGUUUAUUUUUGGUGUGGCUCUAAUUCUCCCUUGUGGACUGCAUGUGUCAUUUGAGUUGUUCAUUUUCAAAAGUCAAAGGACAAAAUCCAGCAAGCCAGAGGAAUCUUUCAAUUAAUUGCAGUGACAAGCGAGAGAGUCUGCUAAUUGAUGAGGGUUUUGAUCAUGAAAGUUAUCCUGCCCUGUCAAUAGAAAUAGAGCAUUCUUUCUUGCCCAGACUCUGCAGUGCUGCUUCCUGGUCUGUAAAGAAGUACGUGGUAGUUGGGUUUGUUUGAUUUUAUAUCUUUAGUACAAAGACGUGUCACAUGGAUUGGGUGAGUUUUGGUGUCCACAGGUGCCUUUUAUUGAUUCUUCACCUUCAUAUCUAGGAGAAGCAACAAAGUGUCUCCAAAUAAAGCUAACCAGGUUUUCAAGUGUUAGGGUUGUGAAUUACCUUGUGCACAUUUAUCGGCUGCUUUGUGUGCUUGAAGCUACAGCCUUUGAGAAGGAGAGAGGAGUUUUUGUUUAUUUUCCAUCCUUUUGUACAGCUCCCCUUUUGUUUUCUUUGUUUCUACCUUUUUCCUGAGUCUGUUUAGCAGCACAUUGUUUGCUCACAAGGAAACUGUCAGGGCUUUAAAGAAACUGAGUCCAUCCCUUGGACCUAGCAGCAUUCGUGAAUCACUGCACUUUUUACUGCAAGAGUUUGAAAGGCAAAUUUGAAAGGAGGCACAAGCUUGCCACUCCAGCACCUGGCAUUUCCUCCCAGGUGGAUGUAGGUCAGCCAGGAGAACUGGCAUCCUGCUGCUUACUAAUGUCCCAUCAGGGCACAUGUGGGCACUGUUCCUAUUGCAAGUUGUCCCUGGAGAGAGGAGAAUUGUCCUCUCUAGGGAGAUGCAGGACAGCAGUGGCACUGGAUGACGGUGUCUUAAGGCAGGUUGCUGAAACCAACCUAAUGUUGAUUACACAGCCUGCCGAACUGUGCUCUUAAGGCUGGUGAGAAGCUGUUUGGUAUCAUCUUACCUGAACGGGUGAGGUCCCAGCAGUCACCUUUCUGUGCCCCUCGGGCAGGGCAAACCAGCUUAGAACUGCCUGUGCUCUUUGGCACUGCCUCUGAGCACUGCUGCUCUUGGUGCGUACAGAUUCUGGAUAGCACUGACACUGGGUGGUUGUUCUUCUCCAAAGGCUCCAGAAAGAAAGAAUUCAAAACCAAAAACUCCAUCGGAUGUGUUCAAGGGCUUUUGAGUUUGGAAUAAUGAUUCAUGGAUCAUUAAAUCACAAAGGACUUGUAAAGGCACCUACUUGAGCCAAAACCCUGUGAGCCAUCCCAGUCUCCAGACCUGAGCAGGACAUGUGUGGGAUGGAGAAGAGGCUCCAAAGGAGAUGACUUGAGCUGAUGGUGAAGAGGAAUGCAAAACAAACAAGAAAAACCACUGCCUUCUCUGCACUUUGACUGUUCUCUUAAGCCAUACGGACUUUGCUUUAAAUUACUGAACUGACAAUGAAUUGUUUGCAGUCUGCAUUUUUUUGUUUCUUAGGCAAAUUUACCUGUGUGACUUUCCGUUUAGUUUUCUUUUUCCCUCCCUGUUUCCUGCAUCAGAUUACUUACUUUAAACCUCCUGUUAUACAUACAUGGGGCACAACAAUGCUAUUGCUGUUGGAGUGUUAAAGGGGCUCACCCAACGGCUCAGAGAGGCAGUGCUAUGGGAGACUUUCAAGGACCACUGAGGGAUUUGUGGAUACAGAUUAGUACAGAAUAGAUCACAUAUUGAAGAUCUUGCUCCAAAGGACAGCAUGGGGUGAGCAGCUUCAUAUCUCCCGAAUAUUGCUGGAUCUAAACUGCUGUAAGGUGCAAUUAUCCCCUGGGACUGUUCUGACACCACAUUGAGUAAAAAGGCAAGAAAACCACGGGGAAUGAAGAAAAUGGAAUCUGUGGUCACAGUUACGCUGAAGGAAGACAUAGGGAGCAGCACAAUCUGUAUAAAGCAAGAAGAAAUGAUCCCUUUUUUCUCAGUGCCAUCUGCAACUGAAAGGCUCGAGCUCUCUGGGGUCCUGCCGUGUUGGCUGUACGGCCCUUUUCUUCUGACUGCCACCAAAAUAAAAGGUUAGGAGUGAUGCCCGGAGGUCCUGCUGAUCUGAGCAAAACCAUCUCUGUUCCAUUCCGGACCAUUAUCACUCUCGUUGUUUUGUUUAGCAGUUGGCUUUUCUUACUGAUGGGUUUAUUUUAUUUAGGCUUUCACUCAGUGCGGACAUGCACUGCCCUGCUCCCUCCUAAAAUGAGAACAGGAUAUGAGUUCUCCUGCCCAGGUCACGUAUAGCUACAUGCACGAUGCCUGUGCCUUCUUGCUCACAUGCUGUAUUGCAAAAUGUGACAAAUAGGUGGGUUUUAUUUACUUCUGAUACCAGGUAAAUUGUUCCAUCUAGAAGGAAACACUCCAUCAGUUAGCAAGAAAGCUCUCUCUUAUAGCUGUAAUCUUUGGGAAUUACAGCUUUGAAAUACGACUUUUAAGCAUUAGCUGUCAUUUUACAAUAACUUCACCCAUCAAAUCCACUUCUGUUUCCUUCUUCUUGUUUAGAACUGUCUUGAAAAAAAAAAAAAAAAAAAAAAAGGAGACCUAUAUGUAAAUCUCCUUGUUAGGGCAUUUUGUUUGUAUUUAUUUAUUUUCUCUGCCUUGUUUCUCAGGUCUCUGGGUGACUGUUAUUAAAACAUAAAAGCAACGUUACGAAAUGACCAAGGGAGACGUUUCAGGGAACAGCUUAACAGGAGCUCGUUUUUCAUGUGAUAGCCAUGGGAAAAUCCCAUUUCGUGCAGGAGAAGAGUGCCCGUGUCACACACGGUGUGUCCCCCAGCACAGGUUGCUCCCUCAGGUGGAAUAUUUCCCAUUCCCACCUCUUAAUCUCAUUUUAGUGCAUGGCUGGGAGCAGCAGCGGUGAGAAGGGACAGGAGAGGGCACUCUUCUGCUUCCAUUGGGGACAGCCUCUUCUUCCCCACCCUGAGAGUCAGCAGCUGGAAAUUCCCUUGUGGGGAGAAGUGAGAACGUGUCGGUCAAAGGCUUUCAUAGGCAACUGCUGAAGGAAUCACCCUGUGCCAAGCGACCCCAAUUUUGGAGGCAGUUAGCACUAAAAAAACGGGGGGAGAAAGAGAGAGAGAAAAAAAAAACUAACCCAUUACCCCAAAGUAAUUUUUUUCUCCUCAUUUGGAGUACUAAAACCAGUGAUGCUUCGCAGAUGGACCGAGAUCUCAUUUCUUCUGCUUAUAUCCAAGCCUCUGCCAGAAGCUGCUGUAGCAAUAUUUUAGAAUAAAUAUCCAAGUCUGUCUUGAAGGGGGGAUACAUUUAUUAUCUUUGUCAUUGCUCUCCUCAAGAAAUCCAUUGGGUCAUCCAAAGAUUAUCCAAUCUGCUCUCCAAAAAGGGAGGACAGAAAGCAGUUUGUGCAGGCAGAGCACCGGUGUCGUCUCCCACUUGCAGUUUUCAGACUAAACAGGGCAAUCCUUCUGGAGAAAGAAUUUGUCAGGAAGUUAAAAUAGAAAAAGCAAGAAAGAUAGCUUUUGGCAGGGCGACUAUAAAUCAGCCGUCCUAGAAACCUGAGACAUAAGAGAGAACACGAUCCCAAAACGUCCUAUCUUUGGCAAUUUCCUUUAUCAAUAGUAGCCGAAAGGGCACAUGCAAUGAGGGAUUCUAUGUGAAGAGCAAAAGCCAUCAUAGAACGACUGCUAGACAGGCAAGUUGUAUUGCAAACCGUGUCAUUCAAUUUGGAGUUCCUGAUAGUUCAGUCACAUUUCUUAGAUCAGCAUGGGUGGUGUCCAUACAACAUCGUGGCGUUAGGAGGGGUCAUGUGGGGAGAGGUUUGUUGCUGUUGAGCGUACACAGAGGCCACACACAUGACAAUGUGGUUGUACGGUACCCACUGAAACCUUCUUAGGGAAAGCCACUCUUCAAUUAGGAGCACGUAAACCCCAAGACUGAACAUUUAGGGUUGGGGUUGAGCCUCUAAUGGGUUUACCUGACAAAUCCCUUCAUUUCUUCAUAUUUUUGCACUCCUUUUCUUCCCCCCCUGCAUCUCAGACCCAGUCCGCCCAGACAAAGUUGGCUUGCACUUUGUGAAGGUGUAAAGCUUGCCACCCACUGUAGUAGAGCCAGCACUGAUAAGCACACGUGUGACACAUGGGACAGGUGAGAUGUGUUUGAACAAGGGGUGAGAUUCCUUUGUGAUUUGAGAUUCAGGCGUUGACUCAGAACUUUUAUCUUCUCAAAGCUGCCACCUGCCCUUUUUAAAUGGCCUUGGAGCCUCAAGACUUGACAGGAAAAUCAUUAUUUCUGUUGAUUACUGUUUGAUCACUGUGCACUUUCCUGGGGCUUGAAUCACUGGAUACAGAGACUGGCACGGGGUCACAGAGCUUUAUAUCAAAGUGUUUUCCCAUCGAUGUCCAAUUCUUUACAUCUGGAAGGGACACCUUUCUGCUCGCCAGCAGACGUGGUGAUGUCCUGCAGGUGGGACCUGGGAUGUGGCACCCGCGCUCCCCGGUGGUGACGCUGAGCCCAUGGCAGCGGUUGCAGGUUGCUUUGCCACUCUUGGGAUGGGGUCCGUCCUCUGACGUGGUGCCUGCUGUCAGCUCAGGGAUAGAACCACCUUACACAGCUGUUUCGGAGUUACCCUUUGGUGUACUGUGGUUAUCGGGUCAUUGCUUUCACUUCAGUGUCUCCUUGGGGAUUUGCCCUGGAUUUUCGUUCCACGCCUCUCGUUAAGCCUCACCUUCACCACUCCACUAUUUUAUAUGAGAAAGUUACUUCUUCUUUUGCAAAAUUGCUUCUAAUUAAAAGAACCCUUUUGGAA